CGCUGUUACAUCGCCCGCCUGGGAGAGUCUAGUGCAACGCCCCUCGAGAGGCGCGCAGCCUACUACAAGUGUUGUUUCCGCAAUAGGAACUACCCCUUCGUGGUCGUGGAUCAGCUUGAGGAAGAAACAAUGCCCAAAGUAGGUGAGUGGGUAGCUGGUAAGAGGAAUUCGAAUGGCUUCACCCUAAAGGGAGCUGUUGUAUGGAGAAGAAUGUUUCCCGGUCUGCUCACUCAUUUUGAAGACUUUGUUGCCUUUCAUAUGACCCAGGCUGGUCCAGUCCAUGGGCGGACUUCGCGGCUUGACGAAGACAAAUUUGUUUGCCCCUUACAGCUAUUUUAUCUGAGCCCGACGACCCAGUAUAUAAACUACAACCGCUACGCUGAACACCAGAUAAACUCACCAAAAUUCAACGGCAUAAAAUCCAGCAUAGGCCAACAAGGCGAUCCCAAUAACUACAGUGUUUUGAAGGGCUUCCAUGUGCCCUACAACCUCAUCCAGCCAGGAGGAGGCGAAACUGUGUCAAGAAUGGGCCCUUUGAAGACGACCGUCAUCAACGGGAUCCCACGCAACCCCUACGCCGACGGACUGGGGUCGAACCCACGCUGUCUUUGGCGCGAUGUGAGCCACAAUCCGGCCCUGGGCGCCAGGGCCAACUAUUCGAACUCAUUCAUCGCUGAGUACCCGCACGUCAACAACUUUUACUACCGAACGAUUCUCAUCCAUAGGCUUCAUAUUGCCGGUCACUUCUUCAUUGGCAGCGAUCCUUCUGGCAACUUUUACGUCUCUCCCGGCGGUCUCGUCUUCUAUUUCCACCGCGGUGCCCUUGACUGGCUGUGGUAG